AUGACUAAGGAAAAAUGUCUGUCAAUAAACGAAAUAGAAAAAAUUGACGUUGAUAAAUAUAAUGAAAUAUCUCGUUAUGUUAAAAAUAAAAAUAGAAAAAAUGCCUUAAAAGGAAAAGCACACUUAAAAAAAUUAAUUAUACGAAAACAAAAAAAAGAAGAAGAAAAAGAGAAAAAAUCAUUAAAUAUACCAAUUGAAAAAAAGAUUCCCAAAACUAUAGAGAGGCUAUCAAUUUUUGACGAAAACAAAAUUAAUAAUGAGAAUGAGAAAUUUUUGUUGGAUGAAAAAUAUAUAGAUGAAUUUAGUGAUUAUUUUAAAAAUAAAAGAGAACCAAAUAUAAUAAUAACAUCAAUAAAAAGACCAUCUAAAUAUACAAUUUUAUUUAUGAAAGAAUUAUCUAUAACAUUUCCUCAUAUUUUUUAUGAACCUAGAUUAAAUCAUUCUAUUGAAUUUCUAAUUGAAAAUUCAAUUAAAAAUAAUUUUUCUACAUUUAUUCUCAUUGAAGAAGGAAUCAAUAAGCAUCCAAAAAAUAUGUUUAUAAGUACUCUACCCAAUGGACCUACAUCAAAAUUUUCUAUAAGAAAUAUUUUUUAUGCUCAUAAUAAUAAAACACAAGUAGAAAUAACAACAUUACCACCUGAAGUAUAUAUAACAAAUUUUAAUACUUUUAUUGGAGAAAGAAUAAAAAGACAAUUACAUACAUUAGUUCCUUUUAAUCCUGAAUAUAAAGCUCAAAAAGUUGUUGUUUUCUAUAAUCAAAGAGAUUUUAUUUUUUUUCGUCAUUUUAAGUAUAAUUUUCAAGAUAGGAAAAAAUGUAAUUUAAGUGAAAUAGGACCAGGGUUUACUUUACAACUACUUAAUCUUAAGGAUGGAUUGAUUAAUGACAAAGAAAAAAUGUAUGAGUUUUUGUUAAGGCCUGAUAUGAAAGUUAAUAGAAAAAAAAUGUAUCUGUAG